GCUUGGCGUUACCCCUGCUACACCGCGACUGAUGUGCAGCUUUUCGAAGCCAUUGUUCCACCUCCUGGCGCGGCCGUUGGCAUUAACACGAUCACUUACAGUGAUCAGGGUCAUGGCAACACGCUGAUGGCCGGAGGCGACCUUGACGGAGAUCAUGUCAUGGUUUCUUUCACUGGCAAGCUCGUUGCUAUCGUUCGAGGAAGCCAGGCGGGCGUCCGUCGACUGGCACCGGUGCUCAAAUCAUUCGAGGACGACAUUCUGGAAUCGGUGCAUCAGUCUUGUUCGCCCUGGAGAAGCGACGCAGUGGCAGAGCGAGGCCGCGAGUACAUUGCCCACGCUGCGAAUGUCAGUUCGUACAAUGUGCGUGGAAAGAUGUGCGGGCUGCUGGAGCGCGUCUUGCACGUUGCGCUCGAAGAAGGUGGCCGGGUUGUUGCGAUUGUGUGA